AGGCUGUUCGCAACGCUAUCCGACAGAACACAAAAGAUCUCAUCGAAAGAUCCAACUCUGUGAAGAAUGCGCGCGACGAACUUCACGCACGGAUAGAAGCUGCAAAAACGAGGGUCCGCGACGCAAUCUUAGAAGCUCAAACACAAGCACUAGAAUUCCGAGUUAAACUACUCGAGGAAUUACUAAUUGAGAAUGGCCCACUCUUUUGGGAGAACGACGCUUCAAUGAAAGACACUUGAAUCCGUAUCAUUGCAACUUCCGUUUCGAUCACGAGCAACUCGUAUUUAUUGAUCCGUCCGAAUACUGCUGUAACGAACUAUCAAGUUUGAAACGCAUCUACAAACCAGUCUAAUAUUAUAUCAUUGCAAUAGUUCUUCUUAGCCACUGAUCUUUGUACACUCUCUCUAAGAGGGCAACUUUUGUCCAUCUUGACUUUCAUUUUCUUGUACUUCAGCAAACUCAAAAGCAUAGAUCAUGUAACAUCUUCUGCCAAACCAAAAAAAAAAAUCUUCCUUUGCUUCAUUGCAUCUGUAUCCAAUUCCUUUUACUCAUCAUAUUCCCAUCUCAUUCGAUCAACAGUCAAUUUACACUUAAC